ACUCUAUUAUUUAUUUCCAUAGAAUCACAAUUGUCUUCAAUGCACAACAAGUCUUUGUAAAGACUUGACUUACAAUAUAUCACAAUCACAUGUAGAAAUGUAGUAUAUUUCUCCAAAAUAUUUUACUAUGCAUAUGUUAAACUCGGAUCCAUUCAAUUUUAUUGGAUUUCCUCAAAGUGCUUCAGAAAUAAUCUACAACUGUGCAGAUUAUCACCAAAGGUUAUUGAAGUUAAAUUAUGCAAAAUUAGAAGGUAUAACUUACUACGAAACCGGUAAUGAUGUUUAUCAAGGUGAUCCAGUUGUCAGUGUUGAUACAAUUAGAAUUAAUUAUCUGAAUGAAACACACUCUUCGACGAUUAACUCGAAUUGCCCUGGACUAAGAAGUCAAUCUACAGUUGCGCAUAUAAGUAUGGCGGUGGCUACAAUAACUAUGCUUGUUCAUUUUAUUAUGGUCAUCAUUAUCAGUAGUGGCUUGAGAAAGUUGUAUGGGAUUUGUUUGUCAAUUGUGAUCCUUUUCAAUGCAUUACAUAGCGGUGUAUUGUUCGCUAGUGCAUACAUGCCAAAAACGAUUAUUUUCAAUUUAACUGAAACAGAAAUUAAAUAUUUUGUUGAGAAGAAAUUAUUUUUCAACUGUUGGUUUAUGGAUAUAUUAACGCAUUAUCUUAUUCUGUCGAUAUAUACUGGUAUCUUUUUCGGUUUGAUUGAGAGAUAUCGAUGCACAAAUCAUUGUUUCAAACGUACAUCCAUCUUUUCAAAAUCAUGGAGGUUAAAAUCACUUAACUGGUCAUGCAGGAAACAGAAAGGACGGGAUACAUCAAAUGAAAAGAUACAAAACGAAUGGGUUGCUCAUUCGUAUGCAACCACCAGUAAAGUUGAUCAUGAUGAUACUGUCCAAAAAACUCUGUGUGACACCAAGGUUAGAAAUGAAUGUAAAACAUUUAAACAAUUAGAACAGAAUUUACAUCGUCAAGAAAGAAGAACAAGAUUUGUCGCGUCAAAAGAUGGAGGCUAUGAACAAAACAAAGGUAACACAAAUAUAAUUCCACGCCUUAUUAUCAAUGAUGCCAGUAUACCCAAUAAUCGUAGAUGGAAUAUCAUUAUAAUAGUCAGUGUCCUGUGUUUACCCCUUCUACCAACUAGUUAUGGAAUUUGGGCUUCAUCUUAUCUGCGUCUGAGCAGUGUGUGGAAUCCUUCUUAUGGAAUUAUUACAUGCGGUAAUCUAGGAGGAUGUUUAGCUGCUCAUCAGUGGUUAAUGCAUGUACCAAUCGCCUUCUUGUGUCUUGCAACUGUGAUUCUAAUUAUUUUGAUAUCAAUCAAAACUCAUACAAACUGCCUUAUACAAGAUCAGUUUUCAUCUCAACCCCUGGAUUCCAAUGCACGUUUCCGCAUGCUUACUAAGAUAGCUAUUAGUCAUACAGUUGUAUGGAUUGCUGCCUUUAUAUCAAACUAUAUAUGUCAUGCUGCGGCAUGGCAAUUCUAUGGACUUGUUUUAGCCUUACAAAGUCUUUACAUUAUUGUCAGUUUUACAUUUUCUCGACCAUUUCUAGAAGUGAUUUUCAAACGUGAUGAUCCUUUGGCACGGUUAAAAUUAGAUAAUUUAGCUAUGCAGUUACCUUUGGGUGUAUUUCGAAGUCAUGUAACAGUGUCAACUUCAACAAACACCAGUAGUACAAAAAGUUUCCUUAUCAAAUAAUUCUUGAAAAAUAAACUUGUGAAUAAUGGAUGUACAUACAUAGAAUUUUUUUUUUCUGAAAACAUCUUACCAACUGCAUUUAGAUUUCAUUUCUAUGGUCUGCUUUCCGUUUUGUAAAUUUAUGCCAUUAGUGUCCACAAGUAAGGAUUAUGAUUCAUUGUGAUUUUUUGGUUUAACCGAUGGCUUGUGUUACUUUCGAGUAUUUAUUUGACAGUUUAUAGUUUUUGAAGUAUUCAUCGUCCUUUGUUGCUUUCUCAGUAAAUCACUUGUGUGGAUUAUCAAUGUGAAAUGUACGAAAUCCAGGUUGUUGAUUGCAACAAAAUAUUGAAAUGAGUAGAAAAUUAGUUUUAAUAGCUAAAACAAAUGGCAGUAAAUCAUUUUGUCAGGUAGGAAAUAUGAAAGAUUGUGGAAUUUUUUCUAAUUACUAUAGCGAAUUUAUAAAAUAUGCUGAAGGCUUGUAAAUAAAAUAUUUGGGUCUAC